CGCGAGGCGUUCGCCGGGCAGGGAGGUGGUUGCGUCGUCCGCAAGGAUACGUGGUCGGUUGCCGCGACGCCGCCGCGGUUCGCGCAGGCACAGGUACGAAGUACGAAGUGCGCGCGUUUUCGAGGCGGUAUCACGAAAAGCGCAGGAGUGGCGUUUUCAACGUACACGUACAUCGCGUCCGAUAUCGUUGCUAGACGGACCGUCGCUGACGUGCAGCGGUUGUUAGCGGAACGACGAGAUUCGUGGCAUCGACGAGAAAGACCAGGGAAGAGGAGGGAAGGAAAGAGAUAGAGAGCAGCGCGGUUCUAUCGCGCGGUGGAGUGCGAAAAAGUGUUCGCGAAGGAGGCCCUUGGCUUCCGAUUCGUGCGUGAGUGUUGCGCGCGUGUCAGAGCGAGAGGGAACGGGCGAGAGGAACGUUUCGACGGGUGACACACGGUGGCUGGAAACGGGAGAGAGGAAGACGAAUAAACACGGGCCGCCGGAUUAAUCGUUGUGUACGGUGCGCGGGUUUCGAUGAAGGUGCGUCAAAUGACAGUGAGGUGAUCAAUGUGCUCGAAACAUGGCUGAGGAGUUGGUGGUCACCCUGAACCGCGGCGACUCGUCCGGAUUCGGGUUUUCGCUCCUGGGUACCGCGGGCUUGCCGCACGUCAUCUACGACAUCGUCGAGAAUUCGCCGGCAGCGAAGAGUGGCAAGGUCGAGGCCGGUGACGUCAUACUCAGGGUGAACGAAGUCGAUGUCAACCGAUUCAGUACUAAAGAAGUGCUGAAAUGUCUGCGGCUCUCGUCGGACCCCGUCACCCUGAAGCUGCGAAGGGAUCCGGCAAUAAAGGCUCACGUGCGUCGACUGUUGUCACCGGGGCAGCCGGCAUGCGACGAGACGGACUCGUCGAACAUCUCCCACGAGGCAACGACGCUUACGAAUAACCCCAGGCCCGUGUCCUCGGGCAACGGUGAGAACACGGAGCUUAGGAAGCCCAAUACACCGGAACUUCCGGGUGGCUCGCCCCAUGAACCUACCGGCGCGACGCAGUAUGCAACUAGAAGCAACGGGUCCUACAGCGAUGCGUCGGGCUCGUCUGAACUCGAGGCACUUCUUCCGCCGGUGGACAGCUUCAAGGAGGAAGAGCGUGCCCAAUGGGAACCUCUUUCCGGCGACAAGUUCACCAGACAAAAAAACGCGCCGAGGUUCGAAGCGUAUAUGAUGACCGGCGACCUAAUGCUGAAUCUGUCGCGCACGCAGCAGAGCACCGGGCUGCUACCGAAGCACCAGAAGAAGGUCGACUCGCUGAGGUACAACAAUCAUCAUACCCAUCAUCACCAUAAUCAUCACAAUCACCACCAUCAUAACUCGGUACCAACCAGUCCUAACGAGAUGCUGGGCCAUCACCGUGCUUACAAGUGCACCGGUUCGAACUCGGCCAGCACCUCACCGGUUGGGAUCAGCAAGCGUGAGAGCGGCCAGUGCCCGGGCCAGAGCGAUAAUAGCAAACAAAACGCGGCGAGUUUCGGUUACUCGAGCGGGUUCGUCCGCACCUCGCGCUCCGAGGACCACUUGCAAUUCCAAAAGGAUCCGUCGAUGAGCGCGGUGGACAUUGACAUUGACGACGACGUCACGUCCAGCCUGAACACCCUGUUGGACACGCGGCCGGACAGCGGUCAGGGCCUGUCCAGCGAGCGGAUCGUCUGGACGUACAACGCGCCGGUCAGCUCGCCGUCCGCCUCGGAGCGCACCUCUUGUUGCCAAAACGGCAGCUCCUCUCAGUCCUCGUCGUCGAGUAACUCCUCUACCGAGGGCACUAGCCCUCAGAGAUCCUUAUCGCCAACUUCCCCUACCUCGGUCUCGUCCUCCGUCAUGUCCUCCAAUUCUGGAUCCCGUAGGUUCCCACCGCCGGUACCCACGGGCACCAGCGCGGCGGCCCUGGGACCCUCCGGCGACGGGACCACCUCCUCGGCCUCCGGCCUUCAUCCCACCAACGGUGACCUCAGCCAGUCCGAGGCCAUCAGCAACAUGUCCAGUCCCGACUACAACGACGAGGAAACUAUGGACAUACUCAGUGCACGCGAUAUUAUGGUCAGUGAUCCGAGUGACAGUGACUCGACGAUACUAGCCAGCGAGCCGCCGCAGAGGAGGCUCAAGACGAAGACAGCCGCCGCGGCAGCAUCCGCGGCGGUCGUGCCACCGACCUCGAACGCGUACACACCGACGCAGGAUAACUCCGAGCAUAGGAUAGUGAUACAGGUGAAGGGGCCGGACAAGGACGCAGCCGUGGCGAGGAACACCAGUCCGAGGCAGAACCGGAGACGGGGUAAUCUCGGCAAUCCGGAACUGGUGCCCACGUCCACAGCGCAGAGCACCGUGCAACGCCCGACCGGUAACAACACCGCUGGCAACGUCACGCCGGAGUUCGUUGGCUAUCAGGAAUUAAAAGAAAGCGAGGACGAAACCGAGGCUCUAAAUAUCGGAAACUUCGAGGACAAGCACGGUGGCGCGUCGCCGCCACAAUCCUGCGACGAGGAAAGCGACAUCGAAAGUCUGCACAGUUUCCACUACAGUCCGAAGGCGGUGGAUCUGCCAUCGGCCGUUCGACUGGCUAAAAGGCUAUACUCCUUGGACGGCUUCAAAAAGUCUGACGUCUCUAGACACCUUAGCAAAAACAACGACUUUAGUAGAGCGGUAGCCGAAGAAUACUUGAGAUACUUCAACUUCGAACAGAACACGCUGGACGUGGCUCUCAGAAAGUUCCUUGCCCAGUUCUCUUUGACGGGUGAAACCCAGGAAAGAGAAAGGGUUCUUGUACAUUUUUCCAAGAGAUAUCUCGAUUGCAACCCGGGCGCUUUCAAUUCUCAGGACGCGGUUCAUACUUUAACUUGUGCUAUAAUGCUGCUCAAUACGGACCUCCACGGUCAAAACGUCAGCAGAAAAAUGACGUGUAACGAAUUUAUCGAGAACCUCUCGGAACUGAACGACGGCGAUAACUUCCCCAGAGAGGUACUGAAGCAGCUUUACAGUUCCAUCAAGUUGUACCCCUUAGCAUGGGCCUUAGACGCGGAAGGGGAUGAGACUGCAAACCAGGUGAUUCAACAGGGAGACGGUCCAGCGAUAUCUGGUACCGGAAAUCCGUUUCUCGAUGUGCCAAAUGUUACCGGUGCUACGGAAUUCAAGAAGGGAUACGUUAUGCGAAAAUGUUGUUACGAUUCCAACGGGAAGAAAACUCCGUUUGGAAAACGCGGUUGGAAGAUGUAUUAUUGUACAUUGAGGGAACUUGUACUAUAUUUGCACAAAGACGAGCAUGGCUUCCGUAAUGAUAGUCUGCACAACGCGAUACGCAUUCACCACGCGUUGGCCACCAAGGCGUCCGAUUACACCAAGAAGGAACAUGUCUUCAGGUUACAGACUGCCGAUCAAGCAGAGUAUCUCUUCCAAACGAGUGAUUCCAAAGAAUUGCAAUCGUGGAUCGACACGAUUAACUUCGUGUGUGCCAGUUUUUCUUGCCAGCCGUUAGCCGGUGCCGUCGGUUCGCAGCGAAAGUUUCAACGGCCUCUGCUUCCGUGCAGCCACACGAAAUUAUCUCCUAGAGAACAGUUACGGGACCAUGAGGAGAGAGUGAACAAAUUGGAGGCCGAACUGGAAGAGCAUAGACGACAUCCCCCUGAGAGAGGGGCUAAAGCCCUCACGGUACAAAAUUAUAAAGAAAAAGAUGCCUAUUUACAUCAUGAGUUGAAGAGGUACAAGACAUAUGCAUAUUUGUUACGAUCGAGAUUGGCGUUUACGGAAGUAGAGCCGUCGCUGGUUGAGAGCAGCAUCGGCGAGGUGGACGAAGGAAGCGGUGCCCUACUGAAUUCGGACGUGUCUCUGGUCCCUCCGCCCGUUCCAGAUCGGCCAGCCAUAAAUAGGUACAGUUACAGGGCUGCCAUUUACAACCGUAAUCUGCUAAACGGUCAGGACUACGGCGGGGACAUUGGUUGACGUGUGAUGGGUGUAUUUUCAGCAUGUGUGGUCUAGUCUGACCUGCGUUCACGCAGUCAGAACCUCCAACAGCUGAAACACCGAAGAGAAUGAUUAAAGAAAAAUUAUCUAACGAUGUAUCCGACGCAUCACACUUGUUAAGUACAGUACUUUUACCGUACGCCCGUGUACUCACCGCAUUCUCUUUUACUAUAUUUAAUCGUAAAAUUAUCAGCGGUAUCAUUGAUUAAUGGAAAGGACUAAGAACAACCGGUAGUGCUAACGCAUUCGUACGGCGCUUCGCUACAGCAGCGACUUCGAUCUUCCUGAUUCAACUUUUUUACGUGUUUCUCUUCUCUGUUCCCGGAGUGAUUAAUUCGCUGUUGCUCAAGUAUCGCGCUGUCACUGAUAAGUUGUCGCGAGUGUGUACCCGAAUGUAAGAAAGCUGCUGUUCUAAGCGCUGGUUCGAGGCCAGUCAAUGAAUUGGUGAUUGGGUUGGGGUUCGCACCUAAGUCAGUAAUAAUGUAAAUGGUUCGCUAUUUAUUAUCCGAGUAGAUUCUUAAAGCGUUGACAAAGACUUGGCAAGGCUCGAUUCAAGACUCGUGCCUUGAUUGAAGAUAAGACCAGUUACGUAUAGAACAAUGCGUUAAUGGCCGGUAAAUGAAAAUUAUGAAGAAAAUAAAGGAGAGACGGUGUUCGAAUGUUAUCUUGGAAAGUAGACACAUAUAGUUAUAUAGCGUAACCACACCGUUCAAUUAAUGUGAAUUUAAUACCAUCUGUAUAAAAGACAGUGGAGCGUAGGUACGAAUACGAAUCGUUGUUUCUUAAAAUUUAUCGUGCAUCUCAAUCGAGUUCUUCAGCAUUAAAAUCAUAUUUAUAUAGAACCAAGAUUGUUAAACGAGAUUGCAGUUCAUAUUGAGAUUAAGAAAACGAAUCGUACGGUAUAUACUUUGUUGCUAUACCGAACUGUGUCUGUCUUCGUGUGAAAUGAAAAAGUACCUUAUUCGAGCAUCUACUCAUGCUUUCCGCUUUCAGUUCGCUGCUAACAAACAUUUAACUAUAUAUUUAUCAUCGGUAACAGGUGACGUAAAGUAAUCGCUUCUUUCGCUGGUUUUAAAAAAUAUUAUAUUGGUGACUGGAGCAUUUCUUUCUUUUUUUUCUGGUUUCUGCUGGUUUUGUUGUGUUACUUACUUUACGUAAGAUGUAACGAUUUCCGAUUUAUUAAUUUUCAUUCACCGUCUAAGAACCUAGACCUUUUUUUAUCACCGACCAGGAAUACAUCACGAUUUUUAUAGAUCAUUAAUGUCAAGGAUGGGUACAUUUCGCGAAAUUUCAAGGUAUUCUAGCACGCAUUGUUGACUAUUUAUUUAAAACGUUGAAUAGAAUUAUUUAUUUUUUCUAUAUAAACGAGUUUAAUCGAGAUACGUCACGCAGAAACGUUUCGUUGUGACGGAGGUACUUGUUGAACGAUGUUAAGACGUCGCGGUUUCUCGCGUUUCGGAUUUAUUGUUGAUUGCAACGAAUGUGAUUGCGCUGAACGCGAAGGUGAAGGAACGCCGCGCCCGCGCCGGCACGUUGAGCAAUUUAAGACUGGAUAAUAAAAAAGAUAAAUUAAUUAGAGAGACGCGUGUUCUGAUUACAAACUUUUUCAGUUUGCGACGAAAAUUGUCUACUAUCGAGCCUCAUUUUGCACCGCGUAAAUCUACCAUAUAUUUUUGUAAUUUCGUGCGAUUCCUCGAGAAUAAUUGCAUUUUCAUUCGCGUUCCACGAUUUUGUCAUGUGUCGCUUCGAGAUGAUAUAUUAUAAUUAUAUAAUAUAUGUAUCGUACGAGGAGGACCAUCGUGCAUGCGUUUUUUUUCUGUGAUCGCGUUAUUGCUCUUUGUGAUUUUAUAUUUACGUAUUGGUUAAGGAGAUCAUUCCGAUAAUUUAGACGAGGGCGAUGGAUAAAAAGGAAGAGAGAGAGGGGAUGAAAAAAUGAGAAAUCGAUUCUUUCGUUGCUCGGUACCUAUUCGAUUGAACCAUCGCAAGUAUAAGGACUAACGUAGGGCCUCACAUUAUUCUAAUCAUUGUUCCAACUUUACGUUUAGGUGGAUAAACAGUAGCGACUUAUCGAAAUUAUUCUAGCCUUUUUAAAUGCAAACUAUACAGUACCGUAUUUAUAUAUAUACAUGUAUGUAUAUACCGUGUACAUAUAUACGAAUAUAUGUAUAUGUAUACACACGAUCGUUCUCGCAUAGAAAGCAUUACGUAACAGAUUGAGUGCUUCUAUUCCCAGUUUUGUUGUCGUACAUUUAAUGAUACUGAUUAAAUUAUUUCGUUGGUGCUAAUUAUUACUAAUUUAUUUAACAGUUCGAAAUGAUUUGUUUUAGGCUAAUAACACGAACGCGAUCCUUAUUGACGUUAUUGUAUUUGUUAAUUAUGACUAGGUAAAAAGAAUGUUGGAGGAUUGAUUUGCUAUUAAUGGAACAAAGGUACUACCAAGUGUUACGUAAUUAUUUUAUGCUGGUACACGUCCUAAAUUUAAUAAAGCGAUACUAUAAUCUAAUCUCAAAGAAGCAGUAUUAGGAUCUACUAAUUUUUUACUUUUGAGUUGGAGGAAAAGAGAAAUCAAAAUACAAUUUUGAUUACGUUCAAUGAAAAAUGGUAGCUGAUUUCUUGCUGAAUAAUAUUCAUAAUAUGAUUGACAAACAUUCCAGGGACAUCUCUUUCAUCUUGUAGAACACCAAAACGAUUCUGUUCAUCGGAUAGUCGAGUUUAGCAUUCGUUUUUUCUUUUUUAGAUACGGUUCCUGUAAAUCAUGUUACUAUUCAAUAUUCGCAUACAUACGAGUAACGCAUUAACUCUUAAGCAUAGAAGUCAGUAAAGACGAAACUCUAUUUCGUUACUUUUGUAUUUUGAUUGUAGAUAGAACAUUUUGAUUAUCCGUUUUACUAUUUAUUAGAUAACAGUCUUUUUGUAUCGUUCUCGAGAAGGAUAAAAUCGUUCACUACAUCUAAUCAUAGUGUACACUAGACCCCUUGUACAUAAAAAUGUAUUAUAUGUGGAUAAUAUAACGAUUAUUAUAAACUAUAUAAAGCUAAUGGCAAUAAACAGUUUCCAAAUUAAUAUAGAUUCGAAACUUUCAUAUGCAAAUCCCAGAAUCUCAAAUAUAUUAGUAGGUAAUCUCCAGUAUCGUUUGUGAUACGCAUGCAUCCCCCCAUUCUUCGUUUAAAUUGCAUGCGUCCUUACUUUAAACACUGCAUUUCUAGCAUGCACUUAUGAAUUAUUUCUUUAAUAAACAAUAUUCUAUUUUAUUUAUUUCUUAUUUGGGAUAAAACGGAGUUAGAAAAUUGCAUGUAGGGCUUUGUAUACGCUUCUUAAUGCCUUGUGAAUAGAUUUAAUCAUAUUGGCUAUGGAUUUAAUUCUGAGUUACACGAAAUGAUCCUCGACGGUACACUUUUAUUAUUGAUUCGAAUUUUUCUUCAUUAUUCGGUUGCUAAUUUCGAUUUCUUCACACGUGAACUAGAGCCUCACUCGUAUCGUAUACUUUGUUCGACAUUUAUUUAAUGAUUCUAUUAAUUUAUUGCAUGCAACAGGAUUGAGCCAGUGUCAUCGUGAAUGAAGACAGCAGACCAUCGUCAUAUGUUUCGACCGACACAGAAGUUGUAACGCUUAAGUUUUUCACUUCUCUUUGUCCCAGACGAAAGUUCGUCGAUGAUGGAACGAACGUGUUCCCGUCUGUCGCACCGGGUAAGCACCUAUUUUUUUUCAUUGCGAAAAACCGAGUUUUAUUUUGCAUGAAAAACCAUCUUCGAAUAAAUCGGAUGUGUGAGACCAACGUCGAGAAGUCAUGUGAAAAUAUUAAUUACUGAUUCCGGCAAAUUAUUUUUUUAAUUAUUAGAAAACUCAUUGAAGAACGAGAUUUUAAUAGUAAAUUAUUAUUUUAUUUCCGUUGCGUCGUAGGGUAAAAUAUUUAAUAUUUAAGUAAGAAGUUCCAUGGAAGAGACAGAAAGCCAUCGCUCUGAUUAUAUCAUCAAAAAUUUUUAUUACAACUUAAUAUCUAAAAUUAAGACAUACCUCAGGAUUUAAUUACAAACUGGUACUAAUUGUCACCUUGAUCGAGUCCUUACCUAAACGAAGUUUGUUAACUGAUUUCUUCGCGAUGACCCGAAAAGGGGACAGAUGUUGCGGAAACAGUCUAAACGGUAUAAGCAACGUUUGACAGAAAUCCUUCUUCAGGGAAAACUUAAUGCGACGUUAAGAAAUGAGAAAGCGAAUAAGACUUGUUACACAAUCAUUCUAAUCAGCUACGAAAUUUAAUAAACACGAUAUCGACAACCAUUUGCUAUUAUAAAUGUACUACGUACUUUGACAACAAAAAAUUACACUGAACACGGUGAAACUUCUCCUCGUUUUAUUUCUAUUAAUUCUUUUUCUUUUAAAGAUUAAAUACUCGAAAAAUCCUCGCUAGAUUUUAUCAUCGCGUUAGAAACAAUAUACAAUAUACACUCAGAGUAUACGUUCAGCCGCGCAGCAUACCGAUCAGUAUCAAUUUACAAAAUCUGCGGAAGAUGAAAGCCGGUUUAUAUAUAUUAUAUAUAGCGAAAUGUUUACAAUAUAUUGUUGUCCAAAUCGUCGAAUAUACAUAUAAGUAGUAUACGCAAGUGGUUUUUUGUAAGCGUCGUACCUUGUCUCCAUACUUACUUUUACGCUUAAAGUGAUAGUUACUUUUUUAAAACUGUACAUAGAUUACACACGGUGUUGUAACGUUUUAGACCGCCUUACAAUUGUAACGUGCAUAAAUGCCAAAGAAUUGCAUUUAAAAUACAUUUCCCUCACGAUGUAUUACUUCUUCGCAUUUACGUUCGUAUAAUUUUUUCACCGAUCACACUAUUACUCGCUUUUCAUUUGCAUUAUUGCAUAUUUUUACGAUCUGCGUAAUCGCGCCAUCCCUUUCACUUUGUUUUACCCCCCAAGCGUUCAUACAAAUGCGUCCGCAUUACGUUCCCACGGAUGCGGAAAGUAUUUCUCGCGUCUUCUCCUCUCUUAUCCAAUUAAACAGAAUUAAACAUUUCAAAGACUUCGUCGGAGAUAUACUUGUUCUGUAUAAAUUACUUGCGACACACACAUAGAAUCGAGAAUACUCAUGUAAAUAUUAUUUUAGCGUUUGUCGUAUUCUUUUAUUAUACUAACUACCGAAACUUGGAAAAACGACUGUGUACUUUGUGUACAUGCGAUAUAUAUUCAUUUGUAAAUAUUAUUUUACAGUUAUAAAAAUAAAAUUGUGAACAUGA